AUGGCUUUCAACCAACCCAGUUCGUCUAACUCGGCUGCGGAUACCACUUUCAUCGUCUUUGACGAAGACUAUGUAAGCGAAUUGCGAGCACGGCUUAUUGAUUCUGUGAGUCGUUUCGGCACCAUCAACCCUUUGAGCAUGAUGAGCUUACUUGAAGCUGAACGACAGAUAGCUGAAUCUAAAAACCAGAGUUCUGAGGCUGGAAGUCACGAUUCUGGAUCUGGAAGCCUCACUGCUCAACCAGUUCAAGCUCCGGACCAGGAUUACUUCUACGACAAGUAUUUGACUGCUUCUGUUCGGAAACAAAUGGCUAAACGUCUUAACAUGACGGACCAAGAGCUUGAAACCUUUCUCCAGAAUCGACGAUCAGAGGAAAAGAGGCUGCUAGAUCAAUUUAAAGAUGAAAAUAGUUCAAAUGGUGAGUCUUCUGAAAAGGAACUUCGUCAACAAUUGGGUGCUCUGCGGGAGAAGUUCACAAAUACCUUAGCAAAGGUGAAUCGAUAUGGUACCAGCGGACCUUUGAGUUCGGUUAUCCUCUCUUCUGCGGAGGCCCUCCGUCAAAAAAUGGAUGGUCUGGAGCACAGAGUCACUAAUUUAUUAUCAAAAGAAGGCUUGAAUCCCUCCGGUACCAGUGAGCCUUUGAGCUCGUUCAAAGCUAGAAAGCUUUCUGAAAGACAAUCUGAAUUCUCGAAGCUUCCCGAGGGAUUCUCUCGUCAACAAGUUCAAGCUAUGGAGCAAAAGUUUGCUGUCAAACAAUUUUUAGCACGUUAUGAACGGAAACAAUUGACUGAGAGCAUUGGUUUGAAGGAGAGAGAGGUAAAAGAAUGGUUCCAAGAUCGACGUGAAGAUGAAGAAGACAAGGAAGAUUGGGAGUGGGAUACUGAUACCGACUAUGAUUAUGGUAUGGACGAAUCGAUGGAAUGGUAUCCGAAGAAGUUCUCUCGUCAGCAGGUUCAAGCUAUGGAGCAAAAGUUUGCUGUCAAGCAAUUCUUGACACUUUUUGAACGGAAGGAAUUGGCUGAACUCAUUGGAUUGAAGGAGAGAGAGGUAAAACAUUGGUUCCAAAAUCGACGUAAUGACGAGGAGGUCAAGGAAGAUAGGGAGUCUGACUAUUCUGAUUCUGAUAGCGACUAUGAUUAUGAUAUGGACGGACCGAUGGAACAGUAUUCAAAGAAAUUCUCUUUUCGACAAGUCGAAGCUCUGGAGCAACAUUACGCUAAAAACAAGUAUCCUGAUAGUGAGGUCCGGGAACGAUUGGCUCGAGCCAACAAUUUGACGGAGACACAGGUGGAGACUUAUUUUAUAGACCGACGAAGAUUCCAAAAUGCUGAAUCCUUGAACCAGAUUGUUAGAAAUCAACAAAGCCAAGGAGUGUUUAGAGAUAGAACAAGGGAUAAAAUUGCUACCGUGCCAACCUGGCACUUGAGUCCCACGAAAUCUGAACGUUUCGGCAUCAGCAAGCCUUCAAGCUCGUCUAUCCUCCCUUCUGGAAAGGAUCUUCGUCAAAAAUUGGAUGAUCUGGAGCACAAAUUCACUGAUAGCUUUGCAAAGGAUUACUCGAAUACUUCUGGUACUAGCGAGCCUUUGAGCUCGUUCAAAGCUAGGAAACUUCCAGAAAGACAUUCUGGAUUCUCGAAGUUUCCCUGGGAAAGCUACUCUCGCCAACAGUUUGAAGCUAUGGAGCAAAAGUUUGCUGUCAAACAAUUCCUGACUCAUGAUGAACGAAAGGAACUGGCUGAGAGCAUUGGUUUGAAGGAGAGACAGGUUAAACAUUGGUUCCAAGAUCGGAGGGAUGCGGAAGAGGACAAGGAAGAUGAUUCUGAUUUGGAAGAACUUAUGAAAAUGUCUGGGAAAGUCGAAGAAGAGAAGCCGGAGUGGUUGAAGAUGGCUGAAAAGAUCAGCAAGUUCUCCGAACUGAUGUUCCCAAAAAUUUAG